AUGAGUUCUCCGACGAAAUCACCGGAGAAAACGAGGGAGGAGGAGGAGAAAAAGAAGUCGAUAACGAUAAUAUUCCGGUAUGCGGAUUGGUCGGAUAAGCUGUUGAUAGUAUUGGGAACAGUUGGAGCCAUUGGAGAUGGAAUGUCAACAAAUGUUUUACUGGUUUAUGUGAGUCGUCUCUUUAACAGCUUGGGUUAUGGAAGAGGUGUUCAACAAAAACCCGAAAACUUUAUGAAUGAGAUCGGAAAGUGCAGCUUAGCUUUUGUGUACAUUGGAUUAGGAGUCAUGGUGAUGGCGUUUUUGGAAGGGUAUUGCUGGAGUAAAACAAGCGAACGACAAGUUCUAAAGAUUCGAUACAAGUAUUUGGAGGCGAUUUUGAGACAAGAAGUCGCUUUUUUUGAUUCGCAAGAAGCAACAACUUCAGAAAUCAUCAAUAGUAUUUCCAAAGAUACAUCUCUCCUUCAAGAAGUCCUUAGUGAAAAGGUACCGAAAUUCUUGAUGCACACAUCGGUUUUCUUAUCGGGACUAGCUUUUUGUACGUACUUUUCGUGGAGGAUGUCUUUGGUAGCCUUUCCAACGCUAAUUUUCUUGAUCAUUCCGGGGCUUAUCUACGGAAAAUACCUCUUAUAUUUAUCAAAGAAAUCGUUCCACGAGUAUAGUAAAGCGAAUAGUACCGUGGAACAAGCUCUUGCCUCAAUAAAAACGGUUUACUCGUUCACGGCUGAAAAGACCAUCGUUCAAAAGUACUCAACGAUCUUGGACCGGACAACGGAGAUGGGUUUGAAACAAGGAAUCGCGAAAGGUCUUGCGGUCGGGAGUACGGGGCUAUCUUUCGCGAUAUGGGCGUUGAUUGCUUGGUACGGGAGCCGUUUGGUUAUGUAUAAAGGAGAAAGCGGUGGGAGGGUUUACGUUGCCGGCCUUGCUUUUAUCUUGGGCGGACUAUCUCUUGGUAUGGCAUUACCAGAACUGAAUCACUUCACAGAAGCAUCAGUAGCAGCCUCUAGAAUCUUCCAUAGAAUCGACCGAAUCCCAGAAAUCGACGGCCAAGACAGCAAUGGACUCGUACCCGACAACAUUCACGGACAGAUUGAAUUCGAGAAUAUCGAAUUCACAUACCCUUCUAGGCCUAACUGCGUUAUUCUUAAAGAUUUUAACCUCAAAAUCGAAGCAGGAAACACCAUUGCUCUUGUGGGAGCAAGCGGAAGUGGCAAAUCCACGGCCAUCGCGUUAGUUCAAAGGUUUUACAACGCGGAUCGUGGGAUUAUUCGUGUCGAUGGCCUCGAUAUCAAGAAACUACAAUUGAGAUGGCUGAGGGCACAAAUGGGACUCGUUAGUCAAGAACACGCGUUAUUUGGAACGUCGAUAAAAGAAAACAUUAUGUUUGGAAAGAUCGACGCGACAAUGGAGGAAGUAAUCGCUGCCGCAACGGCCGCCAAUGCUCAUAAUUUCAUCCGGCAGCUUCCGGAGGGAUACGAAACAAAGGUUGGCGAAAGAGGAGCGCUUCUAUCCGGUGGACAAAAACAGAGGAUCGCAAUUGCAAGAGCGAUCAUCAAGAACCCCGUGAUUCUUCUUCUCGACGAAGCUACGAGUGCACUUGAUUCGGAAUCGGAAAAACUUGUCCAAAAUGCCCUUGAUCAAGCCUCCAUGGGAAGAACUACACUGGUCGUUGCCCACAAGCUUGCAACAAUCCGAAAUGCCGAUGUGAUUGCAGUCAUGAGCGAGGGUAGAGUUAUCGAACAAGGUUCACACAACGAUCUGAUCGAUGACAACACCGGUCAUUAUGCAAGGUUAGUGAAACUUCAAAGGCAAUUCAGUUCGUUUAAUGAGCACGAACAGAACACACCAGUAGCUGCAAGAAGCAGUGCUUCAAGAUUAAGCACUUCCAAAUCGAGCCCAGCCAUGUUCGAUUCACCAAUCCUGCUGAACGACCCACAAUCGUUAAAAUCCUCAAACCGCCCUCCGCCUUCGUUUUCCCGACUCCUUGCUUUAAAUUCACCGGAAUGGAAACAAGGCUUGAUCGGCAGUCUCGCGGCCAUAAUCUUUGGAGCCGUUCAGCCGGUUUAUGCAUUGACCAUUGGAGGAAUGAUUUCAGCGUUCUUUGUAACGAAUCACGAAGAAAUGAACACCCGAAUAAAAAAUUACUCGAUAAUUUUCUGCUCGCUUUCGGUCAUUUCCAUCCUCGUGAAUCUCUUGCAGCAUUACAAUUUCGCGUAUAUGGGUGAACAACUAACGAAGAGGAUCCGAUUGAAGAUGCUCGAAAAGAUCUUGACGUUUGAAACGGCUUGGUUCGAUGACGAGCAUAAUGCCAGCGGUGCGUUGUGCUCUAGGCUAAGCCACGAAGCUUCGAUGGUCAAGUCGCUUGUAGCUGACCGAAUGUCGCUCUUGAUCCAAACUGGCUCGGGUGUGUUGAUAGCUAUGGUUAUGGGGUUAGUCGUGGCUUGGAAGCUAGCACUCAUUAUGAUUGCGGUCCAGCCCCUUACGAUCUUGUGUUUCUACGCACGAAAAGUAAUGUUGUCCAUGAUGUCGGCUAACUUCAUAAAGUGUCAAAAUCAAAGCACUCAGAUUGCGGUCGAGGCCGUUUACAAUCACCGGAUCGUGACUUCGUUUGGAAGUCUAGGGAUCGUUCUUCAGAUUUUCGAUAAGGCUCAAGAUGGGCCGAGAAGGGAAGCAAGGAAAAAGGCAUGGCUAGCCGGGAUAGGAAUCGAUUUGGCUCAAGGGCUAACAUUUAUCUGUUGGGCAUUGGACUUUUGGUAUGGCGGGAAGCUAGUCGAUGGCGGGGAGAUAUCGGCCGGGGACGUUUUCAAAACGUUCUUCAUAUUGAUCAGUACCGGAAAGGUAAUAGCGGAUGCCGGGAGUAUGACUUCCGACAUAGCCAAGGGCUCAACCGCCGUUGCUUCGGUUUUCUCCAUUCUAGAUCGCCAAUCAUUGAUCACGAGCAAUAUUCAUGUAAGUCAGGAUGAAAAUGGAACCAAUGGAGUAAAGUUGGAAAAACUAAGUGGCGGAAUUGAAAUCAAGAAGGUCGAUUUCGCGUACCCGGGCAGACCCGAGACCUUAAUCUUACAGGAAUUUUGUUUAGAAGUGAAGGCCGGGACAAGCAUUGGAUUAGUCGGGAAAAGCGGGUGCGGGAAGUCGACGGUAAUCGCGUUGGUCCAGAGGUUCUACGAUACAGAUAGAGGUACGGUGAAGGUAGAUCGAGUAGAUAUACGGAUGCUCAACAUAGAAUGGUACAGAAAGCAUAUGGCGCUCGUUAGCCAAGAACCUGUCCUAUAUUCAGGCACGAUUCGUGACAAUAUCAUUUUCGGAAAACUCGAUGCAUCCGAAAACGAGUUGAUUGAGGCCGCUAAAGCUGCAAAUGCUCAUACUUUCAUCUCGUCAUUGAAAGAUGGGUACGACACCGAAUGUGGAGAAAGAGGUGUGCAACUUUCCGGAGGGCAAAAACAGAGGAUCGCCAUUGCAAGAGCCAUCAUUCGAGACCCGACAAUCUUACUAUUAGACGAGGCUACAAGCGCCCUCGAUGUUCAAUCGGAGCAGGUCGUUCAAGAGGCGUUGGAUCGGAUUAUGGUCGGAAGGACGACUGUCGUGGUGGCACACCGACUCAACACGAUUCGAAAUCUUGACUCGAUUGCAUUCGUUUCCGAAGGAAAAGUGGUGGAGCAAGGAACUUAUAAUCAACUCAAGAACAAGAAAGGGGCAUUCUUCCAACUAGCUAACCUUCAGAAAGCAUAAAUAUGAUGUAUUUAUAUUAUUAUAACAUGAGUAACUUUCGGUAUUUGCGAGUUGUAAUCGAGCAAUCGUUUGGUAAUCCGAUCGUGUUCUGAUGAUUAAUAUGCAACUUAGAGGAGACAGAUGGUUGGAGUUCAACGAUCUUUUGACUACAAUUCCAGUGAUUGUUCCUUGAAUGUUCAUAUCUUUCGUUGUGACAUUUUCUC